AUGAGCGCUUUGCCGUCUCAGUCGUCUCUCUCGCGCAUCAGCAACUUUGACCAAGAUCCCCCUGCAAAGAAGGCUGGGACAAGUGUAGUGGACAAUGGCGCUGUGGGCAACCAAGCAGUCAAGAUUUCUGACGAUCAGAUAGUCGAGUAUGCACCGGCUGAUUCCAGGUACGGCUGGAUCAUUGUUACCUGCGCGGCAUUCAAUCUGAUGUGCACGCUGGGAAUCGUCAACAGUUUUGGUGUGUUUACAACCUACUACAUCAACUACAUCUAUGCGCACGAGUCAGCAGCCAGCGUAGCGUGGAUUGGAACCAUGGUGUCAGCGGUGAUGCUAGGUGGCUCCGUUACCACCGGCCCGUUGACAGACCGCUUUGGGUUCCGCAAGGUCGCGCUCACUGGCACCGUCAUUUGCUGCAUCGCACUGGUUCUAGCAUCGUUCACUACGCAGCUCUGGCAGCUAGUCCUGACGCAAGGUAUCCUGUUUGGUAUUGGGGCAUCUCUUAUCUUUUCGCCAUCAAUCUCGCUGCCAGCGCAGUGGCAUAUCCGAUACAGGGCCAUUGCCACGGGUCUGACGGUGGCUGGUAGCGGAGCUGGGGGCAUGAUUUUCACCGAGCUGACGCAGCGGAUGAUGGACACCAUCGGAUACCGGUGGACACUGCGUGCAUUGGCGCUGAUGCUCGUGGGAAUUAGUGGGAUCUCUGGCUCGUUCUACAAGCGGCGGAUCUCAGUGCCGCGCGGCGGCAUUGACUUCCGGGCCAUCGUCACUGACCCUCGACUGAUCGUGGUUGGGCUCGCCGGGCUGUUCGUCUAUGCGGGGUAUUUUGUCCCCUGGUACUACCUCCCGACCGCGGCGUUGGAGAUUGGCGAGACCACGCAGUCAUCGAACAAGCUGGUGCUUUACAUGAAUGCCAGCAGCACAGUGGGGCGCGUGCUUGCAGCCUACGCGGCGGUUAUGGUCGGGCCCAUCAACAGCGUGGCACUGGCAUACCUUGUGUGCUCGGUGCUGACGCUGGUGAUCAUGGUGGUAGUCCGGUCAAUGGCUGGCUACGUGGUGCUCAGCGUUGUGUUUGGCGGGCUGUCCGCCAGCUGCGUGUCCAUUGCGCCGCUGGUGCUGACGAAUAUCUUUGGUGUGCAGGCAGUUACAACGGCGAUGGGGAUCGUCAAUCUGUGGUGCGCGGUUGGGGUGCUGAUUGGGAACCCGUCGCAGGGAGCCGUCUACCAGCGGUUCGACCGGCCGUACCACUCGUUCACAGCCAUUGCAAUCUGGGGCUUCGUCGGGCUGGCGCUGGCCUCGGGCAGUUACCUCAUGCUCAAAGUUAUCAUUAUCCGCGGCACGCCCAAGCGCAUCUGGUCGAGGCUGUGA